CUCUCAUCGCCACCACCACCUCCCACUCCAAGACGCUAGCUGCAUUGUAGUGAGAGAGAGAGGCGGCCAUGGCGCUGGCGUCGCUGCCGAAGGUGGUGAUGGGGUCGGUGGCGUUCGGUGUGUUCUGGAUGCUGGCGGUGUUCCCGUCGGUGCCGUUCCUGCCGAUCGGGCGGACGGCGGGGGCGCUGCUGGGCGCGGUGCUGAUGAUCGUGUUCCACGUGAUCAGCGCCGACGACGCCUACGCCUCCAUCGACCUCCCCAUCCUGGGCCUCCUCUUCGCCACCAUGGUCGUCGGCGGCUACCUCAAGAACGCCGGCAUGUUCAGGCACCUGGGCCGGCUGCUGGCGUGGCGGAGCCAGGGCGGGCGCGACCUCAUGUGCCGCGUCUGCGUCGUCACCGCGCUCGCCAGCGCGCUCUUCACCAACGACACCUGCUGCGUCGUCCUCACCGAGUUCGUGCUCGAGCUCGCCGCCGAGCGCAACCUCCCGGCGAAGCCGUUCCUGCUCGCGCUCGCCACCAGCGCCAACAUCGGCUCCAGCGCGACGCCCAUCGGCAACCCGCAGAACCUGGUCAUCGCCUUCAACAGCAAGAUCUCCUUUAUUUCCUUCCUCCUCGGCAUCCUCCCCGCCAUGCUCGCCGGCAUGGGGAUCAACAUGCUCAUGCUGCUCUGCAUGUACUGGAAGGAGCUCGACGGCGGCGCCUGCAGCCCCGACGAGGUCGCCGCCGGCAAGCAGAUGGAGGCCAUCGAGGAGGGCCGCCGCACGGCGCUCAACAACAACAAGAAAGACGACGGCGACGCCGCCACCCCCGCAUCGCCGGAGGACGACGACGGCGGCGACGCCGAGUCGAUGAUGUCGGAGAACAUCUCGACGAAGCACCGGUGGUUCAUGCAGUGCUCGGAGCACCGGCGGAAGCUGUUCCUCAAGAGCUUCGCGUACGUGGUCACCGUCGGCAUGCUCGUCGCCUACAUGCUCGGCCUCAACAUGUCGUGGACCGCCAUCACGACCGCCAUCGCCCUCGUCGUCGUCGACUUCCGCGACGCCGAGCCAUGCCUCGACAAGGUGUCGUACUCGCUGCUGGUGUUCUUCUCGGGGAUGUUCGUGACGGUGAGCGGGUUCAACAAGACGGGGCUACCCGGGGCCAUCUGGAACGUGAUGGCGCCCUACUCAAAGAUCAACCACGUCACCGGCGUCACCGUCCUCUCCGUCAUCAUCCUCCUCCUCUCCAACCUCGCCUCCAACGUCCCCACCGUGUUGUUGAUGGGGGAUGAGGUGGCGGCGGCGGCGGCGACGAUAUCACCGGCGGCGGUGACGCGGUCGUGGCUGCUGCUGGCGUGGGUGAGCACGGUGGCGGGGAACCUGUCGCUGCUGGGGUCGGCGGCGAACCUGAUCGUGUGCGAGCAGGCGAGGCGGGCGACGCGCAACGCCUACGACCUCACCUUCUGGAACCACGUCAUCUUCGGACUCCCAUCCACCCUCGUCGUCACCGCCAUCGGCAUCCCUCUCAUCGGCAAGAUCAACAUCUAGUAUUCAUUAAAUUAAUUAAUUAAUAUAAUCCGGCUAGCUACUAUCUACAACGAUCAGAAGAAGGCAGAAUGAUCGAGCAUGCAAGAAUUCAUGCAAAUUACAAGGGAUGUGAUAUGAUCAUAUUAAUCCAAGGAAGCUAGUAUGAUGAUUAAGUUUGUGAUCAAGCCGUACUAUGUGCAUGCCAAUGCAUGCAUGUGUUCAAGUGUACACUAUGCUUGGUCUCAAGUGGAUCAAUUAUAUUGGUGCCAUGCUCUGGGAUAAUUAGUUAAUUAGUACUUAUGAUAAGCUAGAGAGGAGGAUGCAUUAUAUUGGUGCAUGGUAAUAAGGCAAAUGAACAGCAGAAUGCAUGUAUAUAUGUACUGUAUCCCUGUUGCCAGCUGGUCUCUGUUUGAAUGAAGUUGAUAGCAACAAAGCUAGCACUAGCGAAUGAGCUAGUGACUCAAGUACGCAUGCCGGAUUACCUCAUUGCUCCAAACUUGCAAUCAGUUUUGAACUUUUAAUAAAGUUAAUUUGGCUUUGUGCACUUGUCAA